AUGUUCGGCGUCAUCAUCUCGGGGCGUCCCGUCCUCACCGAACCACAAGCCAUAUCGCAGACGCAGUUCGCCUUCCAGCUACCGGCGGCGCCAUCUUUCAACCACAUCGUUGUCUUCCUGCUCCCGGGCACGCAACUGCCGCCCGACACGGCCGCCUCGGUCUACGUGCAGAUCCCGCCCUCGCCCGACUUCCGCUUCCUAGGCGCCGUCGCAAACGAGAAGCAGAGCGCCAUCUUCAAGGUCGACGGGCUCGAGCAGAUCGCCCGCGAGGCGCAGGCCAUCGCCGCCGCCGGCGGGCCCGCCCAGAUACCCACUGUCACGCUGGGCGUCAGCAUCGAGCCCGUUGCCCAGGUCAACACCGCCAUGCAGGCCAGGCAGGCGGAGAAGGCGGCGCACCAGAACGGCGGUAGUGGUGGCAGCGGCAUGGAGUUAGUGAAGGCAGGCGCGGCCGCCACCGCGGCAACGAAUCCCGAGGCGGUCAAGCUGCUCGCGCAACGGAUCAUCGGGAACGCUUUCAAUUUCUUAGCCAGCUUCUCCGGGAAUGUUGGACCUGGAGGCGUCGAGGUUGUGCCGCUGAAGGCAUUCCAGGAUUGGUGGCAGAAAUUCGGGAAGAAGAUCGAGAUGGAUCCUAGCUUCUUGGUCAGGGAAGACCAAAUUUGA